AUGGUCUCUGCACUAGUGUGGCUCGCUGCCGCACUCGUGGUGACCGCCACACAGGCCUACACAAUCACGGUGCUCUUCUUGCGCCUGUUGCUGCACACGUACUUCCGCAAGAUCGUUCUCUAUGGCGUCGAUAACUUUCCCCGUAAAGGACCUGUGAUUCUGUGUUCCAACCACCCAAAUAUGCUCGUGGACGCCGUGCUCGUGAUGACGGAAGUGGUGCGGAUUGGUCGUAGUCCCUACGUCUGGGCCAAGGGAUCGCUCUUUAGCCAUCCCAUUGCUGCGUUCGUUCUCAGGAAAUUUGGAGCUGUUCCAGUGUAUCGCCCACGACGGUCCGAGGCAACGCUGGCUGACGUGGACUCGGACAAGAGCCCUGAGGAACUCGAAGCGGCCAAUCGCGCCAUGUUUGAGCACACGUGGCACGUGCUUGCAGGCGGCAAUGUCAUGGUACUCUUCCCCGAAGGAACGUCGUACACUGCACCCAAGAUGUUGUCACUACGCACUGGGGUCAUGCGUGUGGCUACGGGCUUUGCCAAGCACUAUGAUCAGUCGAUUCCAAUUGUUCCUCUCGGACUCAAUUACUUCAACAAGGACCGCUUUCGGAGCCAGAUGACGCUGGACUUUGGCCCGUGCAUGACGAUCACGCCUGCUAUGGUGCACAGCGACGAAUUCCAGCAAAAUGAACACAGUGAAGUGAAGCGCUUGACGCUCGAGCUGGAAAAGCGCAUGCACGGUCUGACGCUGAAUGCGUCCGGGUUUAGUACGAUCGACGCAGCUCGGAUGAUGCGGCGUUUGUACCUGAAUGUGCCUGGUUCCAUUGACGCAAACAAAGAAGUUCGCCUGACGCAGUGUAUAAUCAACAUGCUGGAGGAAGAGCCACAGGACGACGAACAGAAGGAGCGGAUGGGAACGAUUCAAGCAAAGGUGUUACGAUACAAAGAGCAGUUGGAUAAGUUACGACUGAAAGAUCAAGAGGUGAAUCUAGCAGUUCCGAAGGACCAAUCGCUCGUACGACUUUUUGUGGAGCGUACCAUGUAUCUUCUCGUGCUGCUACCACUGGCGACGCCCGGUCUUUUGCUGAACUUCCCCUAUUACUUUAUCGGGAUGAAGAUCAACAGUUAUGCGGGAUUCGUAGAAUCCAAAUCGAUGCUCAAGAUCUUUGCUGCCGGCGUUUUAGUGCCGCUGCAUUGGCUCGUACUAAUUGUUGCAACCUGGUACAUCUUCGGAGCUUCCUAUGCAUUCACGUUGGCGGUGGGGUUACCGCUGCUACUGCACUCGCACAUUCGCGUGCUGGAAGAAGGCCGUUCCGUUGUCGAGACCAUCUACUUCCUCUACAACAUUACGGCACACGCUGACCAGGUCGCGGUGCUUCGAAAGGAACGAGAGGAGCUUGCGAAAGAAGUGCACGAGCUAGUGACCACUUACGUGGAUGCCGACUUCCUAUCAGCCGUACACAAGUCCCUCGCUAGCUCGCCCGCGGAUCGACGGCUACGUCGUCGUGCAUCAUCUACCAGCGACACUCUUCUUGCGAGAUGA